AUGCAAUAAUCUCAUUUUUAUUACGAUAUGUUCAAAAUCAUAUCGUUACUAUUUUAGUAGGAUCUAAUUAAUAAAUAAGAGAAGGAUGAUUUAAAAUGUACUUAAAUUUUUAACUUUAGUUAUGGUACUCGAAUCUCAAUCGGAAUUGAUGUUUUAACUGCAGGCCAUUUAUCGUUCAUCUUUAAUGGAUAAAUAAGUGUAUAUGGUUCACGAAAUAAAAAAAUAUGUGGAAUCGCAUAGACAAGGUUCUCCAAGAAAUAGUUCACCAAAAUCUUCAAGAUAUUUGGAAGCUUCUCGUAUGUGGAGCAUUUAUGAAGAGAAUGAGGAGGAAGAAAGAGAUAACGAAAUUAAACUGAUUGGAAUUCGCCGCUGA